UGUGCACUUUUUUUCCUGAAAUGUGCAACACAUUCAACAUUGCAGUGAUUUUUUCCCCCUCCUUAGCUUACAGCAGAGGUGGAAACCCCAGGGGAUUCAAGUACCCACUUGAUAGGCUCAGUCUCUCUUAAUCAGCCUGUAAUGGAGCUAAUGGCUGUUUGUCAUCCUUGGAGAUAUAAAUUUCCUGGCGGUGUCUCCUGCAGACAGUGCAUGAAGUAUGCUCAGUGUGCCAGCAAGGGCUGAUAAUCAGCAGAAGGACAGGGUGCUUCGGUAGUCAGAAGAGCCAGGGCUCCCCGGCUGCCAGGCUACAGAACUCGCCUCGCCACUCCUGAGACAUGGACAACGCCGUUGACGGACUGGACAAAGCUUCUAUAGCAAACUCAGAUGGCCCCACAGCAGGUUCCCAAACACCUCCUUUCAAGAGAAAGGGGAAACUAUCCACCAUUGGUAAAAUCUUUAAGCCUUGGAAAUGGAGGAAAAAGAAGACCAGCGACAAAUUUAGAGAAACCUCAGCAGUAUUAGAAAGGAAGAUAUCCACACGACAAAGUAGAGAGGAGCUGAUAAGAAGGGGAGUGCUUAAGGAAUUGCCUGAUCAAGAUGGAGAUGUAACAGUUAACUUUGAAAAUUCAAAUGGGCACAUGAUACCCAUCGGAGAGGAAUCUACCCGAGAGGAAAAUGUAGUAAAGUCUGAAGAAGGUAAUGGCUCUGUAUCUGAAAAAACACCACCUCUGGAGGAAAAGGCAGAAGAUAAGAAAGAGAACACUGAAAACCACUUUGAAACACCGGCAGCUCCUGCUCUACCUCCUUCUGCUCCUCCUAAGCCUAGACCCAAACCUAAACCCAAAAAAUCACCUGUGCCUCCGAAAGGGGCCACUGCUGGGGCCAGCCACAAAGGUGACGAAGUGCCUCCCAUUAAAAAAAAUACCAAGGCUCCUGGUAAGCAGGCCCCCGUCCCUCCACCCAAGCCAACAAGCCGAAACACGACCCGAGAGGCUGCUGGCUCCUCUCAUUCAAAAAAAACAACUGGCUCUAAAGCAUCAGCUUCACCAUCCACUUCAUCCACCCCAUCUCGUCCCAAAGCUUCAAAGGAGACAGUUUCUAGCAAAACAGGGACAGUGGGGACCACCAAGGGCAAGAAAAAAACUGGCAAGCAGCCAACGACUUCUCGCCUGUCCUCAGACACAACCACUUCUGGCACAUCCGACCUUAAAGGAGAGCCUUCAGAGACCAGAGUGGAGAGUUUCAAACUCGAACAGACUGUCCCUGGAGUUGAGGAGCAGAACACAGGCAAAUCCAAGUCCAUGGUCCCUCCACCCCCUGUGGCUCCAGCACCUUCUCCUCCGGUCCCCCCUCUCCCUCUUGAGGAUCAGUGCAUUACUGCCUCAGACACUCCAGUUGUCCUCGUCAGCGUUGGAGCUGACCUGCCUGUCUCUGCCUUAGACCCAAGUCAGCUUCUUUGGGCUGAAGAGCCGACGAACAGAACCACUCUCUACUCAGGCACUGGCUUAAGUGUUAACAGAGAAAAUGCAAAAUGUUUCACAACCAAAGAGGAGCUGGGGAAGACAGUGCCUCAGCUACUGACUCCUGGGCUGAUGGGCGAAUCUUCAGAAUCCUUUAGUGCCUCAGAAGAUGAAGGCCACAGGGAAUACCAAGCCAAUGACUCUGACUCGGACGGGCCUAUCUUAUACACCGAUGAUGAGGACGAAGACGAAGAUGAGGAUGGCAGUGGAGAAAGUGCUUUGGCAAGUAAAAUACGCCGGAGGGAUACUCUUGCUAUCAAACUUGGCAACAGACCAUCUAAGAAAGAACUAGAGGACAAAAACAUCUUGCAGCGUACAUCUGAAGAAGAGAGGCAGGAAAUCCGACAACAAAUUGGAACCAAGUUAGUCAGGAGGCUGAGCCAGAGGCCCACAACUGAAGAAUUAGAGCAAAGAAACAUCCUAAAACAAAAGAAUGAAGAAGAGGAACAAGAAGCAAAAAUGGAACUUAAACGCAGACUCAGCAGAAAGCUCAGCCUGAGACCCACAGUGGCAGAGCUACAAGCUCGAAGGAUCCUGCGAUUUAACGAGUACGUAGAAGUCACGGAUUCUCCUGACUAUGACCGCCGAGCAGACAAGCCCUGGGCCAGGUUAACACCUGCAGACAAGGCAGCAAUAAGGAAAGAACUAAAUGAAUUUAAAAGCACAGAAAUGGAAGUUCAUGAAGAGAGUCGACAGUUUACAAGGUUUCAUCGUCCAUAACGAAGUGUGAGACUAUUUGGAAACAAAGACUGAUCAUCUUUGGGGGAAGCCCUGCUUCCUGAAAACCUGAUAUUGCACUGGGAUUUGAAUGUGUGUGUUUCCGUUUAAUUUGUGGUGAAGGAAGUGUGUGACUCAGCUUGGUUGGGAAGUGCCCCUUACCUGUGCGGCCCAGAUGGCUCCAACAAGCAAAAGGAAGGGAUGCAGUGACUCUUGCUGCCCAGAAUGCACAGCGAUGGUAAGAGACACAGUGGAUAUUCUUCAUCAGAAGCUUUAAUCAAAGAAGAUGAGCAGAAGACAAUCGCUGGCUCCCUGUUACCAGAAAGCCAAAUUUUAUAAUGCAGGUGAAAGAGAAAUAUAGAUUAAAAUUGCUGGGCACUGAAAAGGGGUGGGAGUUGAAAAUCAGAAAGAAAGAGAAAUAUUUCAUUAUGUUAAUGAAGAAAAGAGAAAAUUGAAGCAUAAAUGUAUUUUUGAAGUAGUUAUUCGGUAGCUGAGAACUUAUUAAGGGAUUUAGGAAUCUAACCUCCCGAUGUGGAUUCCUCAAAGACUUGAUCAGAGAAUAUUCUUGUUUCACCAUUAUGUUGGUACAGUAUAGUACCAUUAUUUUAUGUUGUGCCAGUGAAUCCAGUUGCCAGAAAUAAGUCUGAAUGUUUUCAUGCAUCUUUUUCUUAAAUGCAAGAGCUUCUACUGACUCUUAACAAGCAUGCUUACCCAAAUUUUGUUGCAUGCUUUUAAGUAGCAUUAGCUAUGCACACUUGACAUUUUUAAAUAUUCCUUUCCUAGUGUACCAGCCCUCACAGGAUAAGAGGACUGGGAAUAAAGUCAGAUGUAAUGUGGCCCUAGAAAACUAUAGCAAGCUUCAGAAAUAAAUCUUUUGAUCUUUCCCUAUCUUGAUUAGAUCCAAAGUCAAAGCAACCAUACUUCCUUCACCUAAAGAAGACAGUAUUGACAAUCAUGACACCUGUUAUAUAAACUUGACUCCAAAGUUAAAACUUAAGCAAGCUACAAACGUGCUGCCUGCAGUUAGUCCUGCAUGGGAAUAAGGACUAGUUAUUUUUUUAGUGCUGCAUUUUUUUAAAGUUGGAUUGCUGCUAUUUAAAAAAAAAAAAAAGCACACAGAUCAAAAAAACACCCAAAGGCUUAACAGAACAUGGAAAGUGUCCACUAAGUUGUGUGUGAGGAAAUCCUCAUCUUGUAUUUUAAGAAUCUGCAGAUUGCAUCCAUAAAUACAGUGCAGUAUUUACUGUCCAUGCAAAAGAAUCAGUGAGGUUAAAGUAGUGGAAGAUUUCCCUAUGAGCCUACAGUCUGUAUUGUUUACAUUAAGAAACUCUCUAUUGUUGUGUUGCUAUUUCCCAUGGAGUCACAGGCACAGUAUGACUUCUGCUCUCAAAUACAUAUGACCAUAUGUGAAUACCACCUUGCAUUUCAUUGUUCUUCACAAUUGUUUUGUGCCUCUUUAAUUAAAAACACAUGAAAUGAAUAACAAAACAAGACCCAAAUAGAGUUUAUUUUAUUCUCAGAGUUUGGAGUACAAUUUUCUGAGAUGUUUCUGGUUCAAGACUGUAAUUUUCUAUUUCAACCCAAAAGUAAGCAUUUAACCUGGUGAAUAAAUGUAGAUCCUGCCAUUCAUUGGUAUUUUAAAGAACCACUUGAAAUCAGAUCAUUUUAUUUAAAAACAAAAAAUGUUAAUGCCAGUUGGCCUAUUAUAAAAAGCCAGGACCAUGUUAGAACUAGGAAAAGUAACCAGCAUUACUGCACCUCUUGUUAGACUCUGUGCAUUAAUAAAAUACACCCAGAGUCUGUUGUCAUUUCACUAAUAGGAUAAGACAAAUUUUUUCCUUUGAAAAAAUUUUUCUGCAUGCCCAGGUGUCUCUGGCUGAGGUUUUGUCUGUUUUAUAGUGUUUCAAUCCAGCCAUAAAAAUUAACUUGUGAUUUUUUUUUCCCAAAGUCAUGCUUUUCCUUAAUUAUAUUUUUAUUUUAUUAUUUUAGUGUCUUGGGAAAAAUACCAAGAGAUAUAAUGUUUCCUUUAAUUGUCUAUGCUUAAUCAUCUUUAAACACUUUUUAAAUUUCUAACCACAAGACCUCUCUAUAAUGGUAAAUGUAAGACAUCACCAUUUUAUCACUCAAAGUACGUUAUUGAAAGUUUCUAUUUGGUUGAUAAAAGGAACAAUUUUUUCCCA